UUAUACUGCCUAGUAACUGAUCACAUUGACCCGGUAGGAUGAAAUACGUCAAUACUACGUCUCCGUCGUGGAACCCACGCUACACGCAGCCUUUGGCAAACUUCGGCAAGCGGAAGCCGAGCACAAUGUCAAUGUGGUAUUAGGAGGUGGGAUUCCACGUCUCGAUGAAUGCAGCAAUGAGUUAAACUCAGUGGAACCCUCGCUUCCUGGGUUCUGUCACGCGUACUCCCUCGUGUCCUCCCGCGCGUUUUUGGUGGAUGCGUAUCAUGGUCUUGCAAUGGUGCCCAUUGCUGAUGCCUUCAAUCACACCAACGAGAAUCAUGUGCAUAUGGAGAGUGACUUUGAUGUUUGUGUCGAAUGUGGAUCUCUAGUGGAGUGCGACCAUGAUCACGAAACUCUCCCUGCCGUUCCUUCCCGAGGGGCCUAUUCGCUUCCUGGAGUAUGCAAACCUGAUUUAGCGCUAGAGAUUGAUACCCUUGACAUGUGUUCUGUUAAACCCAUUCUACCUCAUUCUGAGGUAUUCAACACAUAUGGAUCACUAUCAAACGCCGAGCUCAUUUCCAGGUACGGCUUCACCCUGCCGGAGAACGAAUGCGAUAUCGUUAGUUUGGGUUACGGCUCCUUCUCCGCCUUCAUCAACAACCUCAUAGAUGUGGUACUGCACUCUUCCGCCGACAGUGGUAACGAUGCCGACAUGCAGGGGCGGUUACAGAUCCGAGUCAGAACCUUAAGUCUGCCUACAGACUUUCGCGUAUUGGGUGACGAACGCGAGAUAGCAGACGACUUUGCGAUCCGAUUCUUACAAAUAUAUUCGCAUCUUGCCACACUUUGGACGACAGAGCCCAGAUGGGACGAAACGGGUGACAAUGGAAUGGUCUAUAAUUCUCCGUCGGUCUCAUCACCACGGUCUCUACGGGAUAAUCUAGAUUCUGUUCUUCCCGAAGCCUUCAACAUUAACAGCGAGGGAAAACUGACGCAUACCCUGUGGCUUUUCUGCGUUCUAUUUGCCACCUGCAUAAGCUCGCCGGAAAUCAUGACAAAUCUUGGUCACUCGAUUUUUCCAGGUGACAAUGAGCCUCCUCGUCAAUCGCUUGUGGAAGACGUGAAACGGUACCUCGUGGAUGUACAGAAUCAUAUUGAUAAUGCCAGGGAAACGGGGGAUGAUGACGAAGAAGCCCCUGUUUCUGCAUGGUCGGACACCCCCUCGGAUACUCGGGACGAUCCCUAUUUUCAUGUCCCCCAAAGCCAUAUGAUGUCCGAAACCGACGUUGGCGGAAUAUCCAAAGACGAAAACAAUGUUCUUGCCAGCGCAAUAGAUAGUGCCUGUUUCAUAUCUAGUCUCCGCGCGCCAACAAGUGGGUCUCUGGGUCUUGACCUUCCCAUUGGGAUUAGACACGGCGGAGACGCAUGCGUUCUUGCCCAUGCUCUCACCACAAAAGUUCCUUCGGCACCUUCAAGCGUCUCACAAGCGGUGGUCUGGAGCGGCCUGCGGAGAAGAUCUAAUGUGGAGGAAGAGCGGCCCCAAAAACGUUUACGGAACUCCAGUCCCCAUGCCGUGGUUAGUCAGGAGGAUCUGCCCGUCGAUAUAUCUGGACGCGUAGGGGCGAUAAACGCCCAUCGGGCAGCACAAACGCUCGCUCUUAUCGUGAUACAUCUUUGCCAGCACAGGAUCGAUUCUGCGCACGUAUCCGAUGUGAACGCUAGUAAUUUAACUGCAGCGGAACUUGGAGAGCUCCUUGAUGUAACACCGAUGCAUAUGCAUCGGACCCGAAUGGCAAUGCUACUAGCGCUGAACGAGAAGUCUAUUCUGGAAAGCUGCGCAUCCACUUGGGGUGCUGUCCUGGAGAACAUUCACGAUAUCAACAAGGAAUGAGCACGCAGGCUAGACCAUGCAGCUGACGAUAAGCUUCUGUGCGGGCAACUACGACCGCAUGCUUGUAUUUGGCAAGAGAGGUGCAUGAUAGGACGAUAUCCUUCACUCGCUGGAGAUAAUACGGCGAGGGUGCAAAUUCUAAUUCAACAUUGACAUGAUCAACUCCCUACGCGAUGCACUAGAACUAGAACUGGGAACGUUCCUCAGAUCUGCGCAUGGAUGUCAAGUUCAGCAUGAUCAUCCAAAGGAAG